AUGUCGGGACCGCGCCGGUGCUCCCGCCUCCCUCCCGCACAGCUCCGUCUGCCGGGCGCGCCCCGCCACUGCCGCCGCCCAUCAUCCGGCCUCGGGGCGCGCCGGGCUCGCAUCCGCUCCCGGGGUCCCAGCUGGGUCCCGGCCCGCCACCCCCCACCCGGCCCCGGGGGUCCCCGGGGCUGUGGCAGCUGCUGGGGGGUCCCCAGGCGGGUCCUGGCUGUGCAGUGCCCGGUGCGGGGCGGGUUGGAGGGGCUGCAUUCAGAGCCCCUCCACGAUCACAGCCUCUGGCAGUGUGUAACCCCCUCCUGUGAGUGCAGCCGCUCCGUCCCGCCCCACUGCGGGAACCGGCGGCUCUUUGCUGCCCCUUUCCGCUGCCCCAUUUCCCAACCCAACGGCCGCAAUGGGCAAACUGCCGCAGGAAGCCCCAAGCCGCCCUCCGUUGGGAAAUCUGCCCGCUGCCGGGUCGAUGCAGAACAGAGGGAGGAAACUUCCCCUCUGCCCACAGCAUCGUCCCAGAGCCACCGGGGUCUGGAGGGGCUCAAAGAGGUGCUCAGCCCCUGGAGGGAUUUAAGCACCCCCACCCCGAGCAGCCCCAGUGGUGGUGGCAGUGGCCCUGUCUGUGCCACCAUGGUCACAGCUGGGCUCUUCAUCCUCGGCCUGGGAGGCUCCAUCCUGCUGCCAGCUCUGGCAGGUACAGGCACCCAGGGGAGCCAGAUCAUCGGGGGAAAGGCAGCAGCACCCCACUCCCGGCCCUUCAUGGCCUCCAUCCAGAUGGACGGGGAGCACGUCUGCGGGGGCUUCCUGGUGUGGCCCAAGUGGGUGAUGACAGCUGCCCACUGCCUCGUUCCCAGGCGCAGCCCCUCGGUGCGGGUGGUGCUGGGGGCCCAGCGGCUGCAGGAGCCCGAGGGGUCCCAGCAGAUCUUCAGCGUGGUCGAGUCCAUCGCCCACCCGCUCUACGACCUCCGUGCCGCGGACAACGACAUCCGCCUGCUCCGGCUGAACAGCUCGGCCACGCUGAACAAGUACGUGAAGAGGAUCCGCCUGCCCUCCCCGCGCAUCGACCUGAAACCCGGCACGGUCUGCUCCGUGAUGGGCUGGGGGGACACCUCCAACUUCGGAGACCAGCCCACGGAGCUGAUGGAGACCAACACCACCAUCGUCAAGAGGAGCCUGUGCCGGACGCUGUGGAGGGGCAAGGUCUCGGCCAACAUGCUGUGCGGGGCCAGCCGCGACACCACGCUGCGGGGAGUCUGUACCGGUGACUCCGGGGGACCCCUGGUCUUCAAGGACAAGGUUCAUGGCAUCGUCUCCUUCUCUGGGGAGAGAUGUGGGGACCGCCGCUUCCCCGAUAUCUACACCAAGAUCUCCAACUACAUUGACUGGGUGCACCGCGUUGUGCGAAGGUUCCGCCCUCGGGAGGGGGGGCUGAAGCCCUAGGGUGGCUGGGAGUGGGGAGAGGGUCUGAGAUGUCUCAUGGGAGGGGAAAACAGGGCCACAACUUCCACAUCCUCCAGCUCUGGAGGGGCUGGGAGCUGAUGCUCAGGGCUCCUUGACCCAGGUCAGGGCAGGAGCCCCCCUCUGCCCAUUGGCAAGGGGUGUUAUGUACCCCUAGGCUACACCAGAAGCCCCCCAUACAUCCUCCUGCUGUGACACCAUUUA